UACAGUAACCUGAAAUCGCCCUUGAACUUUUUGAAAAGUCACUACUCCCUCUCUUCCUCUUCAAAAAACCCUGGUUUUCUGAAACCCUGAAUCCAAUCAUAAAAUCAAGGGGCCUCUAUUUCUCACGAUGCAUCUUCUACAAGUUGCCUCAAUUUAAGAAUUGGGUUUGAUGGGGCCAAGAUGGAAAGGGAAGGGCGCAGAGGCUAAGGCACUUGCAGAGCCCAUGUCGGAGAUAGUCUCACAGCUUCAGUCUUCUUUAACACGUUCAGAUUCUCAAGGAUUACUCUCAGGGUGCAGUGUACUUCUUGAAGCUGGAGCAGAACAAACUGAACUUCUUAAUCGCUCAUGUUUUGGUCGACCUGUUAUUACAGCCGAGAAGGAUAAGCAAUGGUUUCAGUUGAGCAUGGAGGAAGCAUUUUACCUUUUCCAUUCUCUAGGAUGUCUCAAGAUUGUUGGUGAAGAUAAUCAUCUGAAGAAUGACGAAGAACUAUGGCAGUACAUGAAAUCUAGGAGAGAAACUUUCCCAGAUUUUUACAUGGCAUAUUCUCAUCUUCGAAUAAAAAAUUGGGUUGUGAGGUCAGGAUCACAGUAUGGUGUGGACUUUGUUGCAUACCGGCACCAUCCUGCUCUUGUUCAUUCUGAAUAUGCUGUGCUUGUCUUUUCAGAAGAAAAUGAGAAUGCAAAUGGACGAUUGAGGGUGUGGUCUGAUUUUGACUGUACAAUUCGACUUUGUGGAAGUGUUGCGAAGACAUUGUUAGUCAUACACAUCAAUAAAAAUGGUCAUGGCGCCACCACUCCUUUGUGUUUAAAGAAAUAUAGUGUUGAAGAGCGCACGAUCACAAGAUGGAGCGCAGAGCAAUGUCGUGAGGUUCAGACCCCUGAAACCAGUUCCAAGUAAGAAACAGAGUUGGAUCUUCUUCUGCAUCUUCUGCCAUAUUAGUUUGCCGUGCCGGGAGCAUCGGCUCCUCCUUCAGAUGCAAUGUUUUCUGAAAGCAAACUGCUACUCUCUCCACGUUAGUAUUGUCAAGGUACCUACACUGCUAUUUAUUUUAUUUAUUUCUAAUGUGUCCAUGUUGACAAAUCUAUAUCAAAAAGUCGUUUUUAAUUUGGAGUGUGUA